GAGCGACCACCAGGAGGAGUCUGAUACACAGGAAGGUUUUCUCAAGGAGUGUGAGAAAGAAGCUUUAAAAUCACUGGUCUUCAAAGAUGUAUUGACAAAUGACACCACGCCGAUGAUCGGCCGUCAACAAGGUGAUGACGACAUUAACGAGAGCGGCGAGAAGGAGGAGGAGGAUAACGACGACGAAACACAGGAUUUAUUGCUGUCAGAAGAGUUUCAAGAAGACUCUGAGAAAGAUAAAAGUAUGGUCCGCGCUUUGAAGAAAACACUAAGACAGUGUUCUUCGAAUUCGCUGCGUUAUCGACAGCUCCAGCAACUUCUCCAGGGCCAUGUUGAAAGGAUGCGAGAAGAAAAGGAGCGCAAAGAAAGASAAUACAGACGAAGACAGGAAAUCCUAGAGUCGAAAGGAGUGUCGAGGGAAAGCGUAGAUCUCCUUCCGAGAGAUGACAUGGAACCCAUGCCCCCACAAAUCCAGCAAGAAUUGGAAGCCAUCCACCAGAAAUUGCUAGAGAAGAGAKAACGAGAAGAAGAVARUAAGAUAAAGACCGCUUUUGAAAAUCCAUGGGUGGRAAGAACCGAGCRCAAACUAUACGCCUGCGUCUUAAAACUGCAGUCCGAUCCAACCAACACAACCCAACGGAAGUCCACAAAUUGUUUACAGGAGAUUUUGAGUGACAAGCUGAAAACCCACUUCACCAACCUAAAGUUGUUCAAGUGCGACAAAGCAGUUUUGGAGAGGCGAAAAAAGUGUGUCGAAURGGGUCUACUAGAAGAUAACUUAAAGCAUCUGGUUACCUCAUUGCAURAUGCCUUGCCGUUCACCCCACAAGAGAUGGUAGACGAAACCGAAGAGGAGGACGUCUUAACAAUAUCCGAUCAAGAAGGGUCGGCCGACGUACCAAGUCAAUCCCUUUUGMCUGCGCGAUCUCAAGAMCACGAGGGUUUUAUAAUUGACCGAAUGAAAAGGCGCAAAGAAGACUCUCAAGAGGCCAGGCCAAGUGAGAAUAGCGCAAAGAGACCCAGGAUAACUUCCCUAUUGAGCUAUUUCAURAAACCAAAAUAA